ACUAUUCUUAAAACUAUCUCUACUUCUAAUCGUACUAUACUACCCUUCGUUUUACUCCCCGGCGUUAAUAUUACAUACAAGUAUAUUAAUAAUUCCCUUAACAAUAGGACAAUCCUCGCCGCAUCCGUACGAAAGUAUAUAAAUAACUAA